CCAGUCAAAUCUGGCGUUGCGCUCUGCAGCCCUGCAUUUUUGCAUACAAGUGUACAAAAGGAUCUUAUGCCUCGUACAGAGCACUCUUACUCUUGCACAUAUAUGAGAAUUGUUGCACAGCUGGCGACGACAUCGGCUCUGCCUCUGUAGAUCUAUUGGCUGAACGUCUCCCUCUGCCCCCUUUUACCCACAACAAUCUCUUUCAACUGUCUCUUGGUACCAGAGUAACAAGGAAGUGAACAGACAUGCUGAGAAGUGUAGAAAAAGAAAGAGCUCCUGCAAUAACCACCAACCUUCCCCCUUGGUUCUUGUGCCUCCUUAUCCUUUCCUUGGUUGGAUCCACCCCUGCCACUAAAGAUGACUCAGUGGUGGUGACCAGCAGUGGCCUGAUCCGAGGAAAGUGUCUCCCAGCUGGUUCUAGCACAGUCAUGGCCUUUUUGGGUAUCCCCUAUGCAGAACCCCCUCUAGGGAAAUUACGCUUCCAGAAGCCCAUUCCUCAUCAUCCAUGGAGCCAUGUCUUGGAGGCCACCAGCUUUGGUAAUUCCUGCCCCCAGAUAAUUCUUUCCAGCUACCCUGAUGCUGAAACAUGGACUGCCAACACUCCUCGUUCUGAGGACUGUCUCUUCCUCAACAUCUGGAUGCCCCAUCCUCAGCCCUCCAAUCCAGCCGCUGUCCUUGUCUGGAUCCACGGUGGGGGCUUUUGUGUUGGCACUACUUCCCUGAUUCCAUACAAUGGGGCAUUCUUGACUGCUGCCGAGAAUGUCAUUGUGAUCUCCAUGAAUUAUCGUCUGGGAGCUCUAGGAUUCCUUUCAUUGCCACCAGCUGUCCCAGGAAACAUGGGUUUGUUAGACCAACAGUUGGCAUUAUCUUGGGUGAAGGAAAACGCAGCUGCCUUCGGGGGAGACCCUACUCGGAUAACCAUUUUCGGCCAGAGUGCUGGAGGAGGAGCUGUAGGCCUCCACCUACUCUCGCCAGGGAGCCAGCCUCUUUUUGAUCGUGCUGUGCUGCAGAGUGGAACUUCUGUCGCAGUCUGGGCUUGGGUGAAUCCUGAGGAGGCCAGGAGAAGAGCCCUCACUCUGGCUGAACUGAUGGGCUGUGCUGAAGAUGAGGACCCCGCUGUGGUGAGUUGCUUGCAGGGAAAGGAGGCGGAAGAGUUUCAAAAGCACGAGCUCUCUGUUGUGGAGCCCAGGGUACUUCUGAAUCUUCCCUUCAUACCGACCACAGAUGGAGAUUUCCUCACCGAUGAGCCACGGAAGCUUCUAGAAUCCAGGCACUUCCAGGCUAAACCUAUCAUAAUCGGUGCCACUUCUGAUGAAGGAUCUGUCUUGGUCUUAUACGGAGGUCCUUCCUUACACACAUUCAACGACAGCCUUUUGACCUGGGAGCAGCUGUUGGAGGGGUUGAGGAUGAGCGUCCACAAUGCGACGAAGGACCUCGUCCAAGCUGUAGCUAUGAGGUACAGUCAAGUGGAACCUGAAGGCCCAGCGAGGUACCGUUCAGCCAUGUCGCAAGCUUGUGGCGAUUACUUUUUUGUAUGCCCAGUGACUGAAGUUGCCACAGUGAUGGCAGAGGCUGGGAGCCCCGUAUACGCUUAUACUUUCACGCACCGCAGCAUUGGCUCCGUUUGGCCUGAAUGGAUGGGAUCUGCCCAUGGAUAUGAGGUCCCGUAUCUUUUUGGAACAUUGACACAAAUGAAGGGAACCAAUGAAACUCACACGGAGGCAGAGUUAGCGCUCAUCCCUCGUGUAAUGCGGUACUGGGCAGAGUUUGCCAGAACUGGCAACCCCACGGCCUCAGUUGUUGACAAAAUAAAAUGGUCCCUCUACAGCCCUGCAGAGCAGAACUUUUUCCGUAUCAGCACAGAGUCACCCUAUGUCAUGGAGCCAUCACCUGCUCGGCACUGUGAUUUCUGGAAAAUGCUUUUAUCAGAGACAUCAAAGCCAAACAAAUCCCAAGAAGAUUCUGUCCUAUCCAGACAGAAGGAUGAUAGUAAGGAGGAACUGUGAAUUAAGAGGAAGGUGUAUUUCAGGGGUAGGCAGAAGUAUGGCUGGUGAGAGGAGGAUCAUGGGGAUUGGGAGGAAGCGGCCCACACUUCUAUGUAGAAUACUAUUUUGUUCAGCCAGAAUUAAGAAUUUUAAAGAUGCAUUUGAUAAGAUUUCAGUGGGAAGUAAUUUAAUCAUUUGCAUGGAAAUAAAUGGUGCUUUAAAAUGGUUAAUUUU